AUGAGGAAAUCUAUUUAUGAAAUUGUAGUUUAUUUUCCACAAUGUAAAUUGGUGUUAGACGAAAAACCAAAAGAAAUUACUGAUUAUACUCAUCCAGGUAAAUGGGCAAAGAUAUGUAUUGCUAAUACUCAUAACACUAAAUUAAGUCAUUUAAAUGUUCAUAAUCGUAAUCCACAAGAUAUAUGUAACCAAGUAAUGGAAUACUUAGCAUAUGUAAAUGCGAGUACUAAGGAAAGUUUAAAUGAAUUCGGUUGUGAAUAUCUCUAUUAUUGGAUAUAUGAACUACUACAUCACAAGGAUAACAUAGAUAUAACUGUCCAAGUCGAUGAAGUUUAUGAUGAAUUACUAAAUAUAUUUAUUAAAGGUUACAAAGAUCUUCGCUUUGAAGGUGACAUAAAAAUAUUGAGAUGUCUUAAGAAUGGGAUUAAAGAAAUUGAUUUUCCUAAAAUCAGAGCUAUAUAUGAUAUGUACAAUAAAAUAAUUACACACACUUACAGAAAUGUUGAUAAUUUUAAAGAUGUGGUAGACAUGAUGAAUAAACACAAUAAAAAAAUGGAAACUCUAAAUGGUGAAAUUAGUAAAUCACCAAUAACAAUUCCAUGCAAAAGUAACAUUGCAGCUCAUAUUAUAAUUACACUUUUAGUAACACUAUUAAUAUGCAUUUUCAUAUUUGUUCUGCUUAAGGUUAAGUACCAUAUUAUUUGUAUGUAUUUUUGUUAUUUCUCAGAAUGUGGUUUAUGGAUACGAAGUGUUAUACCAUGGAGAAGAAAACUUUGGGAUAACAAAGAUGAUGAAAAAAACAUAUACCAUGAUCCCCAAAUAUCUAGUAGCAUGUUAAGAGAUUGUAGAUAUAAUAUAUCAUACAAUUAUCAAUGA